CACACACACACACACACACACACACCCCUCUGGCUGAGUGUGUGAGGUGCCACAUCGCGGACAGACCUAAGUGUUGGAAAAUGCUGCUGAUCCUGCUGCAGUUGUUGGUCCGUGCGUCCUGCGCCGCUCCACGGUGUGACCCGGGAUAUCGAGGACUGUGCAAGCCAACAGUGGAAGAAAAACCCAAAUGUGCAGAUUUGGUGCUGUCCUACUGUGACGACAUGGCCUACGCUCAAACCAUGUACCCAAACAUCCUGGGUCACAAGACUCGUAGUGAUGCCGAGGCCAGCACAGAGUACCUCCUCAUGAGUGUGGUCGAGUCACUGCUGGCCGGAGAGUGCAACCCUGAGAUCCGCAUGCUGGGCUGCUCGGUGUUGGCCCCGCGCUGCGAGAAGGAGAAGGUGCUGAAGCCCUGUCGCAGCACAUGUGAAGCCGUGCGUAAAAAGUGCGCCAACGCCUUCGAGGGGAUACACAUGGCCUGGCCCUACUUCCUGGACUGCGAUCGCUUUUUUGUGAGUGACGAAGAGGGAUGCUACAACCCACUGGAGGGCCUCGGAGCAGAAGAGGACGAACAGGCAGUUGACCUCAUGGAAGAUCCUUCUCUUGAGCCGCCUGCUGCACUGAUGCAGUUCAAGUAUCACUCCAACGGUCAGCUGAUCAGUGUUUUAAAGAACACUGAGAAUCAAUGCUCUGACAUAGCCAGGACCUACAGCAUUGGCCGCAGUAUGGAGGGCAGGGAGCUGCUUGUCAUCGAGUUUUCAAACAAUCCCGGAGAACAUGAGCUGCUUGAGCCAGAGAUAAAGUACAUUGGCAACAUGCAUGGAAAUGAAGUCCUGGGCCGCCAACUACUCAUCUACUUGGCUCAGUACUUGUGCUCGGAGUACCUGCUGGGGAACGAGCGCAUCCAGUCCCUCAUCAACACCACUCGCAUCCAUAUUAUGCCCUCCAUGAACCCUGAUGGAUACGAGGUGGCUGUCUCUGGAGUCAAUGACAAUAACUAUGAAGAGGGUCACGGAUAUGAUUUUCGAAACGUUGGCCGAAACAACGCCCAAAACAUUGACCUGAACAGAAACUUCCCUGAUUUGACAUCCAUCGUUUACAGCAGACGCAGACAAAAGGGCUACCGCACUGACCACAUCCCAAUCCCAGAUCAUUACUGGUUUGGUAAGGUUGCACCGGAGACGUAUGCUGUAAUGAAGUGGAUCCGCUCCAUCCCAUUUGUGCUCUCCGCUAGUUUUCAUGGUGGAGAUCUGGCCGUCUACUACCCUUAUGAUCUGUCCAAACACCCACUGGAACACAACAUGUUCUCACCAACACCAGACGACAAGGUUUUCAAACUUCUUGCAAGAACAUAUGCAAACACCCACGAAACAAUGUCCAGUGAAGAUGCACAGUGUGGACCACGUCGUACUAACGGCCAGAAUGGGAUUGUCAAUGGAGCACAGAGUUCCAGCUUUGCAGGUGGCAUGCAGGACUUCAACUAUCUGCACAGCAACUGUUUUGAGGUGACCGUGGGGCUGGGUUGUGAUAAAUUCCCCCCUGAGGAGGAACUGUCUGUUGGCUGGCAUGAAAACAGUGAAGCUCUGAUCGCAUUCAUGGAGGCAGCCCAUCGCGGUAUCAAAGGCAUUGUAAAGGACGAGUCGGGAAAUGGGAUUAAAAGCGCCCGGAUAUCAGUCAGAGGGUUGCGGCAUGACAUCACAUCAGCUGAAAAUGGAGACUACUGGCGCCUCCUCACCCCUGGCAUCCACAUCAUCAGUGCCUCCGCUCCAGGAUACACCAGAGUCACAAAGAAAGUCCACCUUCCUGCUCGCAUGCGUACAACAGGCCGGGUGGACUUUGUGUUGCAGAAAGCUCCUUCAGACUCUGGCACGCAGGAGGAAGUUGACAGCAUCUUAUCUUUGGGCACCUAUGACCGAUUUGACCCGUACAACCAGUACAGGCGCUACACCCUGACGACUUCUUUGAGUCAGAACCGUGAGGAGAGAGCAGAGAAGCCCUGGUGGUGGAACUACUUUGCAUCGCCGGGUGGACCUGCCCCCACCUGGCUGCUCAAACUCUAGUAGAGCUUUAAUAAUAGAGGGGAAAUAAAAGUUUCUCUUUACACAGCAUACAAACAGACCGAGCUAUAAUCCAAUGACUAUGCUUUGAUUGGUGUUCCACAAGCUUUUAAACUUUUACCCGUAUAUGUUCUGUUUGAUCCCUUGCUUAUACUUGAGUUAUAUUGUAAGCAUCUUACAUCUACAAGCUUUUGCCUUAACUGUUAUGUAACGUCAGUGAAUGACUAUGAUUUACUGAAGAUUUACAUUUGUAAAUUUAUAGCAAUGUUUCCGCAGAAGUACAGAUUUUUUAUUGCCAAGAUUUAUUGUUGUAUGUAGCUAUAAAGCCACUUGCAGUCUUGGUUCAUUUAGAAGGUUUUUAGUAGGAAAUGAACCCAGGUGGCCGCUAGGGGGCAGACUGAAUCAAUAUCUGGUCCAAGCUGCUCCAAACUGUGGAGUCUUAAUAUUCCUCCAGAUGUACACUACCGUUCAAAAGUUUGGGGUUACUUAGAAAUAUCCUUGUUUUUGAAAGAAAAGCAUUUUUUUUCAACGAAGAUGACAUUAAAUGAAUCAGAAAUACAGUUCUAAUGGUACAUUGUGUUAGCUAAUGGUGUUGAAAGGCUAAUUGAUGAUUAGAAAACCCUUGUACAAUUAUGUUAGCAAAUGAAUAAAAGUGUGAGCUUUCAUGGAAACAUGAAAUUUCCUGGGUGACCCCAAACUUUUGAAGGGUAGUGUAUGGAAUGUAAUAAUAUGUGGAAAACAAGAAGCAAUACUGUGGACGAUGAUACAUUUAUUUCUCUUAUUAGUAAGGAAAAGUAGUGAGUUGCUGCCAUGCCGCUCAAUUACUGCAGAAAAAGAACUAGAAAACAAUUUAAGAUUUUAUAGUUUAUGCAUUGUAAAUGUGAACUGAAUGCAUAACAACCAAUAAUGUGCAGCUUUCUACAGCAGCCGAGUAAUAGCAAAAGUCUGAUCAAUCCGUAAUUUUUUACACCUGCAUCUUAAAAACUGUUACACGGAUAGUUUUAAAAAUAAAAUCUUCAUUUAUAGUCAUGCAA